CCAGGAGAUCUUCCCGACCCAGGGAUUGAACCCGGGUCUCCCUCAUUGUAGGCAGACGCUUUACAAGUCUGAGCCACCAGGGAAGUCUUUUAAGAUAGAAGUCUUUAAUAUAUAAACCUAUUUCUGUCUUAAAAAUUAAAGGUUUUAAGAGUAUCAGAGCACACAGAACACAAAGUUUUUUGUGUAUAUAACAAGGGCUGUAGUGAUGUUUGUAGAUUUAUACCAAGGGAUCUGUUUAUAUAAGGGAAAGCCAAAAGAAAGGAGGGGGGUAUAUUUUUACCUAAUGAAAUAUAGGUAAUGAACUGGCCUAUGAGACUUCAAUGACAAAUGAGUGGCCAUACUUUUGUUUUUAGUCCUGAAUAUGCUGCUUUUACCGUUUCAGUGAAUGAAAAAACCUAAAUUGCUAUGCCUGUUCCAGGCAUCUGUCCAGAAAUUUAGAAAGUAUCUGAGAUGUGGUGAAAGACUUUCUGUAGGUAAAUAAAUGGAGAAAGUGGAUGUUGAACAGAAGGGUAGCUAUGUAUUUCAGUUUGUUUUUAUCUGAAAAAAAAAAAUAGGCCUGGCAGCAUCAAUAGUACCAUUUUUGAAAAAUAAGCCUGAAGGAAAACCUCAAGGAAGUUGGAUGAUAAUCUUAAUGACAUAAAUGAAAAUUGGUGGAAAAUGGGUUUGUUUUCACUAAUAAUCAAGGGUUAAGUGGACAGAGAAACCAAACUGUCCAUCCUGCUUUGGUCAUAAGUUCUUCAUAUGUCUAUCAAAAUUUUAAAAGCAGGCUUCUAAUAAGUUUUAAAUGAUUUGGAAAGUUUUGAUUUAUAUCCAAUUUUUUUAGAAGCCAGUCGGAUUUCUCAUAAAUGAUAUAGUCACUGAAGGGAAUAUACGUAUGCAUAACUAUAUAAAAUAUGCAAAAACUAUGAAAAAGAUAGGAUAAACAAUAAAGACCAUGAUACUAAUUUACAACUACUAGGAACUUAAAAGCCAAAGGGGAAAUUUUUAAAAUUUUAUAUUUCUUCCCCACCCUUUCUUUUUUUUUAGUAUGCUUGUUUUAUUUCAGAUUGUAUCUUUCUGGUUAAAGUCAGAGUAAGCAAAGAUAGUGGUCAAACAAUCAGGAAAUGUUAGUAAUUUUACUAAUUGUGUUUUGCUUCUCUGAACCUCAGCAUGUGUCCUAUAAUAGGUGAGUUUAGAUAGGUGUGUUCAGAUAUUCCAGCCUGUGAUGCUUUGCUUUAACUAUAUCUUGGUAUCUUAGCCCGGCUUAGGGAAAGCUUAUUUUGAGAUCAUUGGGAAUCUUCAGGUUAUAAAUUAGUGAAAACUUAAGACAUAGGUAUGGGGGGAUUACAGUUAAUGUUAGAGUUAUGCUUGAAUUAAGUAUUUAUAUUAAAACUGCUCACAUUUUAGGAACUAGGAUGAAACUUGGGAGGAGGGUGAACAGUAUGGUAAAAAACAUUUAGAGAAAUUCAGUAAAUUCUCUUUAAUUGUUAGAAACUAGAGUUUUGAAAAAUUUUAAAGAUUAUAAAAUUGUUUUUUUAAUAAACUAGUUAUUUGCACUUUACCUGCUGGCUUUUCCAUUUGGUAGAUAACAUUCUGAACUCCAGCAGAGUUUUAUAAUCCCCACGUGCUUAAAUAUACUAAAUGUUCUUUUUCCAUUAAGGUUAAUGUUCGUGAAGAAAUUGAAGAGUUUUUUCCAAGAAUGUGGAAGAUAAAUCAAGAUAAAAGAAGGCUAAUGAAAAGUAUUAAAGAUCAGAAAAUUAAAAUUGAAUGGGGGAAAAAAUUGAACAGAAGAUUGGUCAGAUAGAAGCACUUGAAUAUUUUUUAAGGCUAUUUUGAAUUGUUUUGGGGAAGAAUACACGAAGUAUGAAAAAUGAAAAACUCAAUGAAGAAUGAAGAGAAGUAGAAAGCAAGAGUGAAGUAGAAUUAAAAGAAUCUGGAAGAAUGAAUGGGUCCUAGGUUAAGUAAAUGAGUCUCGCUCUCAGUCAAAAUCUCCAACGGGAACUCCUGCUCGUGUAAAAUCGGAGAGCAGGUCAGGAUCUCGUAGUCCAUCAAGGGUUUCCAAACACUCUGAAUCCCAUUCUCGAUCAAGAUCAAAAUCCAGGUCGAGGUCAAGGAGGCAUUCUCAUAGACGUUACAGUCGAUCCAGAUCCCAUUCUCACUCUCAUAGGAGACGAUCUCGAAGUAGGUCAUAUACACCAGAAUACCGACGUCGAAGGAGCCGAAGUCAUUCUCCAAUGUCUAACCGGAGAAGACAUACAGGCAGCAGGGCAAAUCCUGAUCCCAAUACUUGUCUAGGAGUGUUUGGCCUCAGUUUGUACACAACAGAGAGAGAUCUUCGAGAAGUAUUUUCUCGAUAUGGACCGUUGAGUGGUGUCAAUGUGGUUUAUGACCAGCGAACUGGACGGUCACGGGGAUUUGCUUUUGUUUAUUUCGAGAGAAUAGAUGACUCAAAGGAGGCUAUGGAAAGGGCAAAUGGAAUGGAACUGGAUGGUAGAAGAAUUCGGGUGGAUUAUUCUAUCACCAAGAGAGCACACACACCAACACCAGGCAUAUACAUGGGCAGACCAACUCACAGUGGUGGUGGUGGCGGUGGCGGCGGCGGUGGAGGUGGGGGAGGUGGCAGACGUCGAGAUUCUUACUAUGAUCGAGGAUAUGAUCGUGGGUACGACAGAUAUGAAGACUAUGAUUACCGGUACAGAAGAAGAUCACCUUCUCCUUAUUAUAGUCGGUACAGAUCACGAUCAAGAUCUCGAUCCUACAGCCCAAGACGCUAUUAAUAAGCAGAGCAGUUGCAGUUGAGGACAUCUUUUUCUCUUUUUUUAAUUCUGGAUUUCCCCAAGCUUCUAAUCCUUUCUACUCCUCAAAAAGAACCCUUAAAAAAUCUUUGGUUUGUUUAGCAUCUCCACUUUGUCAAUUGUAUUGCUAUUUUCCACCCCUUUUAUUAUAUUCUUAAAGAUGUAAUUGUCAUUUUUGAGUAGUUAAACAUCUUGAGUAAAAAAGGAACCCCUCCGUGUUAUGCUUUGUAAAUGAUUUUUUUGUUUUUUGCUUUUAUGGAAAAUUCACUCCUAGCUUAUCAAAAUGAGGAAAGAAAUGAUCUUUUUAAAGCUUCUUUUGUGUUAGAUAUUGUAUUAGACAUUGUAUUAGAGGUCUGCAUUUACUACAAACUCCUUUUUUAACUUUCUUUUGGGGAAGUUAGUAGUAGUUCAGUCAGGUCAAGUUUGUCUGGGGUGGCAUGGAACAGUCAAAUAGUUAAGUAUAGAAAGUUUGAAGCUAUAGAAGAAAAUACGUACUUGGUCAUUUCUUUUGAAGAACAUAAUUUUUGAACCCUAAAAAUUACUUCUUUUUUUAGAAAUGAAAAGCUUGUGGACUCCUAUAAAACAUGUUGUAUUUAAAAUACAUUUGUUGAAACUUAAAAACGUAAAGUGUGAUUUUUGUGUUGAAUUUAUUAAUCAGUGAAGGACAGCCUUUAUUAUUUAUUACUUAGAGCAAUUGUAUAAUUGCUAUUAGAAAUUUUGGUAUUGGGACAAUGGUUUAGGCAGGCUGUUUGUAUAGAGUUCUUAGAAGUAGUUGGGGGGGUAGUCUUCUUUCAAAUAAAAGUUAAUUUCUUUGAAAAUGGGACUCUCUCUUUAUUGUGGUACAGUGGGAAGAUAUAACUGGAUUAAUUUGGAUUUCCUUUUUCCUAGUACUUUUGCAUGCACCUAAAUGUAUAAUCUGUGUCUCUUCUUGAAAAACCCUUUUCUUUCCUCCCUUUUUUGGUCAACUACCAAUAUUGAUAGUAUUCCGUGUUGAAGAAAAGAUAAAUAGUAUGGUUUAUUUCUUCAAGAAGCCCACAUUCUAAUGGGAAAACACAUUUAAAUAACUAGUGUAAUGAAAGGGGAGGCUGUGCGAAUGAAGAGGUGGAUGAUUUUUCAGGUGACCUUUAAGAAAAAGUAUAGGAACAUGA